UCUAUUUUUUUCUUCUUUUUGUGCUUAAACCCUAUUUCACGUUCAGCCAUCUCCGCCCUCCCAAUUACCAGCUACGGUACUCCGCGCCGCCGCACGCCGUUUCUGUCCAGAUACUUUCUGAAUCCAAAUUUGUAGCAGCUUCAAGCUUAAAAGGGUUAUUGGGUUUUCUUUUGGGGGGAUUUUCAAUCGGAGGGCUCAAGAUGAAGCAGGUAGUGGGGAUGGUGGUUUCAAACAAAAUGCAGAAAUCGGUGGUCGUUGCAGUGGACAGGUUGUUCUAUCACAAGCUCUACAAUCGCUACGUUAAGCGCACUUCCAAGUUCAUGGCUCAUGAUGAGAACAACCAAUGCAAUAUUGGUGACAGGGUUAGAUUAGAUCCUUCUAGGCCAUUGAGCAAGCAUAAACAUUGGGUGGUUGCUGAAAUUUUGAGGAAAGCACGAAUUUACGAGCCACCAUCAAAAGAUAACCAGAUUGUUUCAGACAAAAGCAAAGCUUCAGCUCCUUCAACAUCCUAAGGGGAAACUACUACAAACCACAUCAAGACCGAGUCAGAUUGAAAAGUUUGCAAUGCACUGGAAAAUCGAGGAACAAAAACUCUGGAAAAUGAAUUUCUGUAAGCAGCAUGUUUCUCAUGUCAAAGUUUGUAGUUACACUACCAUUACGUUUUGUACUGUUGUGUGAACCUUUUAUUUCCUAUGAGCAUUUAUCUCCACAAGUUGUUGUGAGGUUGUUAAAACUUACAAAUGCAUGAUAACAUAUUCAAAAGGUUCCAUCCACCAGUAGGCAUAUCUCUGGGCUGAGCUCAGAAGAGAUCUAAGUCUUUGUUUGAUAAUGAUUUUGUUUUUAACAUAUUUCUAAAUUAAA